GCAACCUUGCAGACUACCAACUGAAGGCUAUAUAGGAGGAAUACACUGACUCGGUCUAAGCUUCGCUGAGGCUCCAGCAUCCUCCAGCUAUGACUAGGCUUUGCCAAACCCUCCCCCGCAGGUCCGUCUCCCGCUGCUAUCUGACCUUUACCCUUACUGUCCUCCUAUCCUGCUCCUGCCCGGCUCUAGGCAAGAAGAAGCUCUACAUUGGAGCUCUGUUUCCCAUGAGUGGAGGCUGGCCUGGUGGACAAGCCUGCCUCCCUGCUGCUCAGAUGGCCCUGGACCUAGUGAAUAAUAGGACUGACAUACUGCCUGACUAUGAGCUGGAGCUGAUACACUAUGACAGUAUGUGUGAUCCUGGUGAGGCCACCAAGCUGCUGUAUGACCUUCUGUACACAGAGCCCAUCAAAAUCGUGCUGAUGCCAGGCUGCAGCUCUGUGUCCACAUUGGUGGCCGAAGCUGCUCGCAUGUGGAACCUCAUAGUGCUCUCAUAUGGCUCCAGUUCUCCUGCUCUGUCCAACCGACAGCGCUUCCCUACUUUCUUCCGUACUCAUCCAUCUGCCACGCUGCACAACCCCACUCGAGUACAGCUCUUCCAGAAGUGGAAAUGGACCAAGAUUGCCACCAUUCAGCAAACAACAGAAGUUUUUACAUCAACUCUGGAUGAUCUGGAGGAGAGAGUGAAGGAGGCAGGGAUUGAAAUCAGUGUUCGUCAGAGUUUCCUCACCGACCCUGCUGUGGCUGUCAAAAACCUCAAGCGUCAAGAUGCCAGAAUUAUUGUGGGCCUGUUCUAUGAGACAGAGGCGAGGAAGGUCUUCUGUGAGGUUUACAAGGAGAAACUGUAUGGGAAAAAAUAUGUUUGGUUCCUCAUUGGUUGGUAUGCAGACAACUGGUUUAAGAUCAAGGACCCGUCCAUCAACUGUACUGUGGAGCAGAUGACAGAGGCUGUGGAGGGUCAUGUGACCACUGAGAUUGUUAUGCUUAACCCAGAAACAGUGCGAGGAGCCUCUAACCUGACAUCUCAAGAAUUUCUUGCUCAGCUGAUGUCCAAACUUGGGGGUAAAAAUCCAGAAGAAACUGGUGGUUUCCAGGAGGCUCCACUGGCCUAUGAUGCUGUGUGGGCUCUAGCCCUGGCCCUCAACAAAACCGUGGGACCCCUUAGGGCCAAGGGUCAUCGCCUUGAAGAUUUUAACUACAACAACCGAGAUAUCACUGCUGAGAUCUACCGGGCAAUGAACACCAGCUCAUUUGAAGGCGUUUCAGGUCAUGUUGUGUUUGAUGCUCAAGGAUCUCGAAUGGCCUGGACUUUAAUUGAACAGCUUCAGGGAGGGAGCUAUAAGAAGAUUGGAUACUAUGACAGCACUAAAGGCAAUCUGUCCUGGUAUGGGAAUGACAAGUGGAUUGGCUCUGGACCUCCUGCAGACCAGACAGUUGUCAUUGAAGAGUUUCGCUACCUGUCCCAGAAGCUCUUUGUGUCUGUGUCUGUCUUUGCUGGGUUGGGAAUCCUUCUGGGAAUCGUCUGCCUCACCUUCAACAUUUACAACAGCAAUGUCAGGUACAUUCAGAACUCUCAGCCCUACCUUAACAACAUGACUGCAGUAGGCUGCAUGAUGUCUCUGGCUGCUGUCUUUCCUCUGGGUAUUGAUGGCCUUCAUGUCCACAGGAGGCAGUUUCCCAUCAUCUGCCAGUUUCGCCUGUGGCUGCUUGGCCUGGGUUUCAGUCUUGCAUAUGGCAGCAUGUUCACCAAGAUCUGGUGGGUUCACACUGUCUUCACAAAGAAGGAUGAAAAGAAGGAUAAGAAGAAGCACCUGGAACCAUGGAAACUCUAUGCAACUGUUGGUGUUCUGCUUGGCAUUGACAUCCUGUCUCUCAUGAUCUGGCAGAUUGUUGAUCCUUUACACAUUACAGUUGAGAAAUUCACAAGAGAGGCCCCCAAAGGAGAUCUUGAUGUUUUGAUCCAGCCCUUACUGGAGCACUGCAGCUCAGAAAAGAUGAACACCUGGCUCGGUGUGGUAUAUGGUUAUAAAGGCUUACUGCUGCUGCUCGGCAUCUUCCUGGCCUAUGAGACCAAGUCCAUCUCAACAGAGAAGAUCAAUGAUCACCGUGCUGUGGGCAUGGCCAUCUAUAAUGUUGCUGUCCUUUGUAUGAUCACAGCUCCAGUCACCAUGAUCUUGUCCUCACAGCAGGAUGCCUCUUUUGCCUUCGCCUCUUUAGCCAUUGUCUUCUCAGUCUACAUCACCCUGGUGGUUCUGUUUGUCCCCAAGAUGCGGCGUCUGAUCACACGGGGUGAGUGGCAGUCAGAUGCCCAGGAGACCAUGAAGACAGGCUCAUCCACCAAUAACAACGACGAGGAGAAGUCUAGACAGCUAGAGAGAGAGAACAAGGAGCUGCAGAAGAUCAUCCAGGAGAAAGAGGAGCGUGUGUCAGAGCUGAGAAUCCAGCUGUCUGAGAGACAGGCCCUGCGAUCAAGGAGAAGAGCAUCCACCAUCACUAAUCAGAACCACAGCCCUCCUCCCCUUGCCAUCACCCAGAGUGACCCCAGGUCCUUGGCCCCUCCUCCAGGAUACCCAGCACCCACCUCUGACCCCCACCCUGUUCCACCAUCCUUCACCAAUUCGUCCAGCCUGUACCAGCCAGACAGCAAAAUCAGUCGAAAUAACUGCCACACCAGCCGGCUUCAGCUGCUCUACAAGUGAGAAGGUGGAACAGUGGCAGGACGAGGCUGGUAAUGACAAACACAAGUCUGAAUAAUAAAUCAGCAUCUGUAGGUCCAUAUGGGGAAGAACACAAAAAGCUAAAGGUCUUUCCCACAGACACAAAUAAAUGCAGCAAAAUAGGUUCCAGUCAAGGGCCCGGUCAGUCAAAAAGACUAGCUAGAACACACACACACAUGCGCACACACACAGUAUAUGCAUAUGUUCUUUUGAUUAAUUUGAUUCCUGCAUGAGCACUGUCACAUUUCUUUAAAUGUCCCCUGGUUUAGAGGUUAGCUUACUUCUACAGCCUGAAAACCAUGCCCAGUAGGGCGGCUGUAGCUCAGGAGGUAGAGUGGGUUGUCCACCACUCAGAAGGUUGGUGGUUUAAUCCCUGGCUCCUCUAGUGUGCAUGUCAAAGUACCCUUGGGCAAGAUGCUGAACCCCACGUAGCCCCCGAUGCAUCCAUCGGAGUGUGACUGUAUGAAUGUUAGGUUAAAAGCACUUAGGCAUAGAAAGAAGUGCUUAUAUGAAUAUGAGUGUGAACAGGUGAAUGAGGUUUAUAGUAAGAAGUGCUUUGAGUGUUCAAAUACAAAAGAAAAGUGCUAUAUGCAUACCAGUCCAGUAUUUUCUAAACUAAUUUUGAAUGCUGGAUUGAUUUCCUGAUUUAUUGUUGUGGAUAAAUUUCUUCCCAGCUGAAGUCAGUGUCCAAAUUUAUAACUAGUCUGGUACCUAUUCAGUUUAAACAUACGGUGGCCUACAAAACAGGGCAGCUGCUAGUUUGGACAGUUUCAGUCCAUCCCUGGUGCUCACUGUUUGGUGGAGCACUGGUCCAUGUUACAUUCAGGUCCAGUUCAGGUCCUGUGCUGUUACUGCACUACAGACUUUCCUAUUGAAACAUUAAUAAGGCUUAAAAUUAUGGUCAAGGCUGCUUCAACUUACAGGUGGAUGUUAAAAAAGGUGUCUUUAGCUGACCACCUCUGAUGAUAAUUAAAGUUAUGGAUAAUCUUGAUGUUGUGUCCGUGCCUUUUAGGGGAUUUUUAAUGAUAUUAUCUGAUAAAUAUUAUCACUUACUGUGCAAUUAAUUGUCUAUCCAAGAAAUCUGUCCUCCGGUUUCGGUAAGUGAAAGUUUAGAAUAUCAUUAGUAUGUUGCUCAGUACUAAUUAGCCGUGUCUGUGCAGUGCACCCACAUAGUUACUGGUUGCAGUUUUCUAACCAGGCUUGUUCAUUUGUCCUAUCUGUAUGUUGGAACAGGGCCUUCGAAUUGUUUAGAUAGUGGUUUAAGAGACUGAAUAAAACAGAUUUUUGUGAUUUCUGGGCUUUGAAAAAAGGCCUUAAAAUGUCUAAUAUAACCUGACUUUGUUGUGGGUAUUUACAGAUCUUAUGUUUAAGACUGUGAAAAACAAUAUGGCCAAUUUGUAAAUCACAUUUUUAGAUGUAGUUACUGUUCAGCACACUAGGGGGUGCUAACCUAACAUCAGAAUUUGUGUUGGCUUUUACUGUUCCACUGGCACGCUUACAGCAGCAUGUAGUAGAUCCUAAGAGCACAGGGUGGAAGGGAAUGGUUAAUGAUAAAUGGACUGGUUCUUAUAUAGCGCUUUUAUAAACUACAUGAGCACUCAAACACUUUAUACAGCUUUAUUCAGAUGUCAGUUAUCAUCUGAAGGUUAAAAGAGUCAUAAUAUGUAUCUUGUUCUUUUAUGAAUAUUUUUUAACAGUUCUGCCGAUUCCUCCAUGCCUUUUUGUGUUUGCAGAAAUGGUUAACUGCAUUUGCAAUUGGUAGACUCUUAACUGCAAGCUUUAAGGUGAUAUGCCUGUCAACAAAUUUUGUUGCAUGUGUCACAUGCACUGACAAUAAAUUGAUUCUAUUCUAUUCUAUUCUGUAGUGUUUUAUAAAAAAUGACUUACAUAUGGCAUUUUGCAUUUGUCACUGUCAAAAUGAGGCCCCAAAUGUUGAAUUUACUCAUUCAGAAUGCAAAUGUGUUGCUAAAAGUGUGCAAUUGUAAAGUUUUACUAUUUAAAUUAGUAAGUUUUUCAUUUAUUUUAAGGUAAUGACAUAAAACAAAGCCACACUCAGUCUGGACUUUUUAAUCAGGGCUGCACCUUCAUUUUGACUGUAAGAGAUAAUUCUGGCACACCCAGCCAUUAAUUGGUUUAAUGCAGUGGGGGGGAGAGUGUGUCAAGAGGACCAAAGUAUGCCUGUCAAAACGGGAUCUAGAUGCGGGUGUCAUCAGCAGCAAUAUAAUCAUUUGUUUGUCUCUGACCUAAAAGAAGCUUGAUACUAUUUUAGGUUCCAUAGGACCAGUUCUGAUCCCUCUGACGACCUGCUCAGAGAAAAGCUCAUCAUUAUUUCUCAUGUCAUUGCCAAAGUUACUGAAUCCCCCACAAGAGAUGCUAAUCGUAUCGUUUCCUUUUACAACUUUAGUUUCACCAAGAGUUCACACAUUUCCUCUGCAGCUAUAAACACAUUUAUUUAGAACAACAAAACCACCAGGUUGCCAUCAGAUUUCCUCUGUAUGAGUUGCUGCAGCAUUUCCGUUUUUGUUGUGUUCUCACUUCUGCUUUUUUUUGUCUCAGUUCCUAAUACGACAGCCUUCUGGGGACAAUAAAUACAAAUUUUAUUAUAUUGCUUCAAUGGAAACACUAACAGAACUGCAUUUUGCUCAGAACUUUAUGUUAAAAUAAAUGGUUUAACUGGAUCUUACAGACUCUAGUGAAAUGAGACCACUUAUAUCUUCAGUAAUGGUCAGUAUUAAUAGGAAGGAGAUUAGGCAUUAUUAUUUCAGUCAGAAAGAAAUACCCAAAACAUUUACUCCAUACUGACUCAACACUGACUCAACACUGACCACAUCUUUGCCUCUCAAAACUCUUUCCCAAUAGAAAAGAUAUUUAAAUAAACCAAAUGUGAACUAAUGUUUCAGUAUUUAUACCAGUUACUUCAAAACUACACUGAAGACGAGUGUUAGCUGCAAAUAAGUGGAAGUAUAACAGUGGCAGCCAGUUUCAUUUUUCACAUUCAGUUCGGCAUUGAUGGAAUUUCACCAUCAUAUUACCAUCCUUCUGAUUUAUGAACUCAAACCCCAUUUGUGACCUUUUUUUGUCUGUUGGAGUGGUCUGUUCACAGUAAAGAUUGUGUUUCCAUCCAGCAGUAUGCAGCAGCCCCAAGCGGUCUUUUCCGUCUUGCAUGUGGAAAUGCUUUGAACUCGGGGCAGUUCAUGGCGCUGGACUGCUCAAGAUACAGACAUGAGAGGUCAAAAGAAUUCAGGGCACCGGACCAGCCGCAGUCAAAUUUUGCAUUUUUUUGCAAUUGUGGGGCUGCAGUGGCAGAAACACUCUGGGUGUUUACUUGCCUACACACUGCUUGGCCCACACAUGGUGUCCUCUGAAACUCUUAUAAACAAUAUGCACAUGAUUUUUUUUUCUUAUCUGCCUCCACAGAACAGCUUUAGUCAAUUUAGAGAACUUCUUCAAAAGAACUUCUUCAAUUUGGAAAUAAUUAUGACCAUAAUUAAAGAGUUAAGUUACACAGUUUAUUGACCUACCCUCUUUGACAACCUCGCUUUAUUUUAUCAAAGUUCCUCACACAGAGAAUCAUGAUUCAUACCCCCAAUAAGAGGUUUAGUGUCUACAUAAUAGCAGGUUAACGAAGUUAACAAAGUUUUUUUGUUUUUUGAGCUUUUGAGCAAAUAAUUAUUGCUGCUGUUAUUCUUGUAAGGACAGUCUGAGUCCUAACCUGAACACCAAAUACAUGGCUUGAUGCUAGAGCUAAUCCAACUGUAGUGUUUCAUUGCCUCUGUAGAUAAUUUUUACUUUGGUUGAUUUCCAAAUUUUUUAAGUGACAUCUGACUGGGGAAAAAACGAAAUAAUAAAAUAAAUCCUCUCCUCUAGCGAGCUUUUCUUGGAGCUUUCAACCACAUCUGAUUGUCUUCCUCUCAACAAAGAGUUCUGUUUCUGCCUCUCCUUGUGGCAGCUUUUUAUUUCACUGAGGAUCGAGCUUUUCCUUGUGUUGUCAUGGAUGUUUCUUUGAGUGCGGUACGUGCUCGUGCUCUACACGUGGCAGAUAUUUGGUGUGAUCUCAAGCCUCGUGUUUCCUUUCUGUGGUAGCACAGCUUGUGCCCAUGCUAAUGAACUAGCACGGGUAAUCUGAAUUGUCCCGAGCGCCUCGCCCCCAAGUAGACUAAUGAAAUACAGGAUGAGGCGCCGAUGUGUAAACCAUGCCAACGUUGUGCAGUGCUUCUGCUUUCACAGUGAUCAUGUGUAAAUAUCUACUGUAUGUUUGUGUGUGUUGUUGUACUUUAACUGUAGAGUCAGGUGUGCAGAUGUAAGUGAUAUUCAUACACAGACUGUAAAUAUUGAUUAUGUAAAUAAUUUCAAUAGACUACUUGGCAAGUCUUUCAUGUUGUGCAGUAUUCAAACUAUAUUUCUAUAUGCUGUAAUA